AUGCAUCGAGACCUCAAGCCGACCAAUCUCAUGAUGGCUGCACAUGAUCCACCCCACGCUAUCAUUAUCGACUACGGUUGCGGAACUCUCAAUGCAACAUCGGCGGAUCACAGCGUGGGAACGAUUGUGUAUAUGGCCCCAGAGGUUCUCGCAAUCAAAGCUGGAACGAGCAUAGGCUCCAAGUACGACAGCAAGGUGGACGUAUGGGGAACGGGCCUUACGGCAUACCAGCUUUUCUUCCAGGAGGGAUGCAGCUGGAAGAAUGGUGUGGGACCAGAUGAGUGGGAGAAUAUCAAGCAAAAAUUACAUCAGCGUCCCGGAGUGCUGUCUGGGCUACUGGAGAGUAUGCUCGCUUGGGCACGUUCAGAUCGUCCGACAGCUGCUGAAGUGGAAACCUCAGAAGUAUGGCUCUAG